UUAUUCUAAAAAUUCAGUUCGUUGUUUAAUCUCAGCAAAUAUUUUAAGUGAAAAUACACAGCGUGUAAUAGAUCAGGCAUCUCCACUGAAGAAGAUAUUUGAACUUUGUUUUCUGAUAAUGUUAUUCGAUGUUAACUGUUUGUGUGUCUCUCCAAUGCAUUAAUCUUCAUCCAAGAACCAACGGAGCAAAGAAUAAAAAAGAAACAAAAUACCACUCAAUGAAAACAAGCAGAGAAUAUCUAGGAUGAUGACGUUUCCCUCCAAAUGGAAAUGAUGCAAAUAUAAUGUAUGGACAUCCUCAAAUGAAAACAGCUGGAAAUUAUAUACAAAUACGAGUUGUCCUAAUCACAUGUUUGUUAGCACUCUCCUCAGUAUGGCGCCUAAUGUACCUUUUGCAAUUUUAUAUAUAUUAGGUGAGAUUUGGUAUAAAAAUACACACGGAUCACAAUGUGUUAUUCCUGUUGAAAACCAAUACAAAAAUAGAACAGUGGACAUUCAGAACCUGUCGAAAAUAUUAAACGUGUCACAAUGGACAUAUUGUGAAGCAAACAACUUAAGUCAGAAUACACAGUGUGGAAUAGAUCAGACAUCUCUACUGACGAAGACAUUUGAACUAUGUUUUCUGACAAUGUGCUUCGAUGUUAAAUGUUCAUGUGUUAAUGCAAUAAAGGAUACCUGUACCUUGAACACCACUGCAGAUGGAAACACCAGGUUGAGGACCGGUGACACGACCCUCAACUGCAUGAUUUUUAAUACAAGAAUAAUCGAGACAAAGAAUGGACGAGAGAAACAAAAUGACGUUCAAAAAAGAGAAUACAGAUGUCCACUAUAUCCAUUGGCAGUAGCAUUUAUACUGGGAACAGUUUUCGGUUGUGUGAUUAUUAUAUUUCCGAUUCUCUUCUGCAGAAAUAGACAGUCAAAGAAAAAGACUGACUCAUUAGAAAACAUACAGUUGUAUAGCAAAUUUGUUGGUGAAACGUCGGCUUACUCGGAAAUUUCAGAGAGCAAUCAAAACGGCCAAGAAUUGGCUGAUAAUGUAGGUGCAAAAACUGGUGAAUACAUGGAGCCUAUUUCAAAGAAUACCAUUCUUCAAAAAGCAUUAACAUCCCUAGCAGACCAAGAGGAAAAUCGUGAAAACAAUGCGUACUUUACAUUAACAUUAGACAGAAGACAAGCUGACGGCGAUGGGUAUAACCAUCUCAAACCAAAUACUGGGGGACUUCCAACCUCUCCAGUUAAUCAAGAACACGAUUCACUGUAUCACACAAUGGCUGGCGCUGAAUCUGAGAUAGCCCAAGUUGAUAAUGAACCUGCAGAAAACCCUGUUAUUCUUGAGAAAGACACAGACGAUGGCUGUAUCACUCAGAGUCCUGAUGUAGAAUCAAAGAGUGUUCAAGGAGAAAGUUUACAAGAUGAAAGGCCGUAUUCUGUGUGUAUUCAUGUGAGGGACAUAACUGGGAAUGAUGACCCUGACAGCGAAAUGCAGGAAAGAAAUGAAAACACUAACACUGACGAUGCUUACUUUGUAUUAGAAAAACAGAUUGUCUAACUUUUAUUAACGACAUGAUGUGAGACAGAUGCGUUUGAUAAAAUUUCUAUGUUUUUAUUGUGAUAAGUAUUUGACCUCCAUCCCAUUUGUAAAGAGUAUAUAUUUAGAAAAAACUAUUUCAAUAGUUUCAAAAGCAGUUUAAAAAACCUUUUUUGUGUGAUUCAAUUUCAAUUAUAAUCAAAUAAUUUCAAAUGCAAUUUUAAAAAAAAAAUUGUUUGACUCUUAGUUUUGUUUUAUUGAAUAAGCCAUAUGUCAAUUGUUACAGUAUUUUAUUUUAAGGACAUGUCACAUAUAUGCAUAUAUACAUUAUUAUAAACC